AAAAAUGAAGAGUAUACCGCAAGCAAGAUAAUUUUGACACAAACAUGUCAAACUCGACACAUUUAACAAGAGCAACACAUUUGGAACAUUGCUCCCAAAAUCAAAAUGAAGAGUCUUUCACUCUCAGCCUCAAGCCACUCAAAACCCCUCCUCCACCUUCUUAAACCCCAAACCCCCAAAUCCAAAUCCCCCGUCUUCCUCCUCCUGAGCCGCCACCUCUGCGCAAAUCCCAAUUCCAAUCCCAACCAACCACCCCAAGACGACUAUUCCCUCGUAACCCAAGUCCUCCAACUCCUCCGACCCAAUGAGAAAGACUGGAACUUUGACCGACUCCACACCCUCCUCUUCCCCAACUCAACCUCUCCUUCUACUCGCUCCCUUUUCCUCAUCACUCGCCGCCUCGGCGCUCCCUCCAAAGCCCUCAAAUUCUUCGACUACGUCUCCGUAAACGUGGCCGGAACCCCUCCAGGAUCCAAGGCUCUGCUCUCCACCGCAUUCCAGGCCCUCCUGGAGCUCACAUUGCGAGAGCCCACCUCGGAAAACAAGCUCUUUGAGCUUUACAAGAUGGCCAAGGACCGGAAUGUCCCGCUGAAUCUCAAGGCCGCAGGCCUGCUUGUCCGGUCCAUGGGCGCGGCUGGGAUGGAGGACGAGGCUCUCGUAGUGUUUAACGAGCUUCAUUUGGGAUUGAAAACUACUCACAUUCGCAAUGUGGUGAUUCGGAUGUUGCUGAAGAUUGGGCGAGUAGAUGAUGCACUGAAGGUGCUCGACGAAAUGCUUCACCCAGAAGCGAAGUUUCGGGUUGAUGAUUUCACCGGCGAUGUUGUGAUUGGCUCAUUGCUGAGGAGAGAGCAGAUAGGGAGGAGUGUCAGUGAGGAAGAAAUUGUGGAGUUGGUGUCGAGAUUUGGUAAGCAUGGUGUGUUUCCUAAUAACACAAUACUCACGAAAUUGGUCACUGUUUUGUGUAGGAAUAGGAAGGUUGGUAUUGCUUGGGAUGUUUUACAUGAUGUCAUGAAGAUGGGUGGUGCUGUAGAAGCUGCUCCGUGCAAUGCGCUUUUGACAGCUUUGGGAAGAGGUAAUGAUUUUAAGAGGAUGAGUGAGCUUAUGGCGAAGAUGGAAGAGAUGGGCAUUAAGCCCGAUGUUAUAACUUUUGGUAUUCUUGUUAAUCGGUUAUGCAAGUCUAGGAGAAUAGAUGCUGCCCUGGAGGUGUUUGAAAAGAUGAGUGGGGGAGUAAAGGGGGUUUCGGCUGAACCAGAUGUGAUCAUCUAUAACACUCUGAUUGAUGGACUUUGUAAAGUGGGAAGGCAAGAAGAAGGAUUGCGUUUGAUGGGAAGGAUGAGAUCGCAAGGUGGCUGUGCUCCUAAUACUGUUACCUACAAUUGUUUGAUUGAUGGCUUCAACAAAGUUGGGGACAUUGACAGGGGCCGUGAGCUCUUUGAUAAAAUGAAGGAGGAAGGGAUACCACUAAAUGCGGCCACCCUUAAUACUUUGCUUGAUGGUCUGUGCAGGCAUGGGAGACUCAACACUGCAUUUGAGUUCUUCAAUGAAAUGCAGAGGGAUGGUCUGAAAGGCAAUGCUGUCACUUACACAAUCUUAAUCACUUCCUUUUGUAAUGUGAACAAUAUUAGCAAGGCAAUGGAGUUGUUUAAUCAGAUGUUGAGGGCUGAAUGUCCCACAGAUGCAAUAGUUUACCACUGCUUGAUCUCUGGUUUAAGUCAAGCUGGAAGGAUGGAGGAUGCCAGCUUUGUUGUCUCCAAGUUGAAGGAGGCUAGUUUCUCCAUGGAUAUCGUUUCCUACAAUGUAAUGAUUAAUGGGUUCUCCAGUAAAAAUAAGCCUGAUAAGAUUCAUGAGAUGAUUGAGGAAAUGGAGGCGUCUGGAGUGAAGCCUGAUAGCGUAACAUACAACACCUUGCUUGCCUACUUAAGCAAAGCUGGGGACUUCAAAAGUGCACAUAAAGUACUUGACAGGAUGAUGGAUGAGGGUAUUGUUCCCACUGUUGUCACUUUUGGUACAUUGAUUCAUGCACAUUGCUUGGAUGGUGAUAUUGACAAAGCCAUGAGAAUCUUCAGAGACAUGGGUUCUAAGUCAAAGAUACCUCCGAAUACUGUAAUAUACAAUGAUUUAAUAAAUUCUCUCUGCAAGAAGAAUGAUGUGGAACAAGCUCUUUAUUUGAUGGAGGAUAUGAAGGAGAAAGAGGUGAGACCUAAUACCCAAACGUUCAAUGCCCUGUUCAAAGGCCUUAGAGAGAACAAUUUAUUAAAGAAGGCAUUUCAAUUUAUGGAUCGAAUGGUUGAACAGGCCUGUAAUCCUGAUUAUAUAACGAUGGAGAUUCUUACUGAAUGGCUUUCUGGUGUUGGUGAAAUAGAGAGGUUGAGAAAGUUUGUUCAAGGAUAUCCGGUUUCAAAGCCUCAGCUCCAACAGAAAGAUGGGAUAGUCGCAUUGUAAAUUGUUCAUGGUUAGGAGAAAGCAUAAAUGAUUCUAAUCUUCAAGCCUUUUUGCAGCGGACAGGUGCUAGUUUACCAUGAUUGCAGCAUCCACAUCAUGCCAAGGGCCCAAGGUUACCCCUAAAUUCCGAAGCAGUUUGCACAAGUUGGAGAUGUCAUCAACAAAGCUCUAGUAGAGUACAAGUUGUGGGAAGUGUCCGGGUGCUGCCCAUUGCCCAUACAAAAUUAAUCCUCCUGAUGUUGAUGGCUUUUUAAGCGAGUUAUGUACAAAAUAAUGGGUUUGAACAAGGCUACAUCUGCAGCCGCUGAAGCAGCGGAGAAGAUAUACACAAGCAAAGCAAAGUAACUGGCAAUGACCCAGAGGCUCAUGUGAGUAAAUACCCAUCUGGUCAAAAGUUGGAUUUUGAAGUAUAGUAUCGCAAUGCGAAAAUGUGAAAUAUCUAAUGAGUCUUGCAUUAUUUUCAUGAUAGUCAGCGUUAUCUUACAUUAGUUUGAAGGAGCAGAAUGCCACCUUCCCCUUUGACAUUUCUCCGUAACAGUGUAGGUAUCCAUUGAAUGAAGUUUGGUUCCAUUCUGAGUUGUAAAAGAAAGGUUCUUCUUGUUUAA